GAGGAGGAGGAGGAGGGGUGUUGUGAGGAAAUGCUCGGCGGAGCGUGAAGCGGAUCAGCGAGCAGAGGGACAAAGACUCCAGAGCGGGACUCCAACUUUUACAACUUCGAACCAGCCAUGGCUGUAAAAAGUCCAACCGCUUGGAGGAGAGGACGAGACGAGAAAUGGCAGCGAAGACGACUUUUGGAGUGAAAAGUGAGCCGCGCGACUCUCAAGUUCGGACCGUUUGGAUCAUCCUCGCCGCCAUUUAAGGGUCGGCUCGCUGGGAUUUACGCACUUGGGGAGCGGAUUAUGGAGAAGUUGGGUGCGGGCUGCUUUGCCAUGAGCCGGGUCUAGACCACCGUCCAAGCAUGAGAUGUUGGUUCGGGGUCCUGGCUCUGCUCCCCUGGCUUCUGGGGGUCCUGGCCGACCAGCUGAUCUGCUGGCAGGCCAUUCUCCAGUGCCACGACGAGCCGGACUGCGACCUGGCUUUCAACCAGUACCUGGCGGCGUGUGACGGGAACCUCCGCGGGACACGGAGGCAGUGUCCGAGCCACUGCAUCAACGCCCUGAUCCGGCUCAAUCACACCCGCAGCGGACACGAGCUGGAGAACUGCGACUGCGCGCAGGAUCGGGAGUGCAUGAGCGCCAAGCGCGCCAUCGAGCCCUGCCUCCCCCGCAGGUACCCCACUGACUCCGGGGGGAUCGGCUGCAUGGAGGCCCGCCAGAGGUGCGAGGAGGACAGCCGCUGCCACAGCUCCCUGGCCGACUACCUCUCCCACUGCGGGCAGCUGUUCAACGGCCGGAAGUGCUCCUCCAAGUGCAAGAGCAUCAUCCAGCAGAUGCUCUUCAUCCCGAACGGAGCUCUGCUCAACAGAUGCGUCUGCGACGGAGUGGAGAGGCCUUUCUGCGAGGUGGUGAAGGAGAACAUGAGCAAACUGUGCGCACUCGGGGACAGUGCCGCCUUGGACUUGCCGGAUGUUGACGACUAUGAGGACGAAGAGUAUGACCCGAGGGGGGACAGAGAAGAGCCUGACCCGGACCCCUCCUCUGCCUCUGGGCUGUCCACAUGCUUGACACUUCUUUCUCUCCCUAUAAGUUUGACGUGGACCCGUCUGACUUGGUAGAUGUGUUUGGGGUUUCACAACUGAGCCCCGUAAGUGUGUUUCAUCAUGGUCAAGACUUUGAGUUCAUGUGUCUGAGGGAGAUAAAAGGAAAUAUAGUAGUUGAUCGUGUAACCAUUUAUGCAAGUAUAUUUUCCAGAAGAGGUAACCUGGUUUUGUGUACAAGAGUCAAUGGAAGUGACUGCAAACUCACCCUUCAUUCUAAAGCUAAUGAAGACCACAGUAAGUCACAAUAAUAAAACAGAAGUUCAGCUUCCAGUCGUGGUCAAAAUAGCGCAGAGAUUUGACGUUAAUUCUCAUGAAACAGUGAGUAGCCACCAUCUUUACUCAUGUGAUACCUCCUCAUCUAUCUGGAACGAAAGCCUCCCACCGUUCUGGCUUACAACCCACCUCCACCCCAGCUUCUCUGUUCUAAAUAAAAUCAAAUCCACACUCAAGUAGUCUGAGCAGAAAUCAUAGUAUUUAAACGUCAUGCUGGAAGGAAAGUCUAUAAAUAAAGUUCUCAUGCUGCAUUUAGUCCCGACUCAUGUGGCUCCUGACUCGGGUCCAGCUGUGGAGACAGUUUACUAAAUGCGGUUGAAGUCAGUGAAUGUGGCGCUGACCCACACCCGACCGCUCCUCGGGGUGAAUUGGCCGUCCCAUUUGCCUCAAGGCCACUUGAGAGUGUGGCCUCAUUAAGGCGUUAGACAAACAUCGCAGCGUCUUGUUUGCUCUGCUCUCCAUUUCAGCAGGGCCUCAUUGUUGCCGUAACCACACUUCAAAUAUUUGCGGCAACAGUCAUCCGAUGGACACGGGUGUGGGAUGGAAGGUUUAUAUUAACUGGAGGACCCCUCUGGUUGCACGUCAGAGGCGCCCUUCCCCCACAUGAGAUUGUUUUAUAGUGCUUUUCCUCACACCCCGGCUUCCUCUUCUCCACUGCCCCGCCACCUUUCUACUCUUAAAACUUUAUUACCUCUGCCAGUGUGGAACCAUGUGUUGACCGCUGCUCCUGAGCACAGUGGACCUUCAUCAAAACCACUUGUUCCCAUUUUCUAAAGCCCAGUCCACAACUAUUUGGAAAAGAUGAAUGUACAGAUGUUGAAUUGCACACUUCAUUUUGAAGGAUGAGGAACGUCCCGGUUCCCAAGCAGCACGAUGAUCCAGUCCGUCUUGUCGCUUGUGAGGGUUGUUGUGUCCAGAGAUAUCAAUAAAUGUUAAGUUAUGAACAGAGGAUUUACAGAGUGUGUAUGUGUUUGACAGCAAUCUGCAACAAGGCACGAGAGAAGUCACUGGAAUUGCAAACUCGGAUUUCCUCCACUAAUCUUUUUGCAGUUGGAACAUGUUUAAAAUAAAACAAAUGUUUAUGACCCUGUGUUUGUGUAGAUGCUGCCUAAUGGUCGAGCCCAUUACAGUAGUACACUCAUUGAAACUUAAUAUCUGACACAAGCGAUAAGAAUCUUAAAGGGAUGUUUUUGUUUUGAUGCAGUAGUAGAAGUAUUCUUCAACUGUAACAUAGUAUUUUUUCAUUGUUUUCAUUUUGUGUGCUUCUGUACACAACACAAAAAUGGUGAUGCAGGCAUGUACGAUGCUUGGU